CAUAUCUCCACUCAAAAUGGCGGACCCAAUUGACAGCGCUCUCGAUCUCCUGCGCCGCCUGAACCCCAAGGACGUCAAGAGCAACGUUGACCACAUCAUCUCGCUCAACCCGACGCUGGAAGAAGACCUCCUCGAAUCAGUCGACAUCCCGCUCGCGGUCAAGAAAUGCUCAAAGACGAAGCGCGACUUCUUGUGCUGCGACUACAACCGCGACGGCGACAGCUGGCGGAGUCCGUGGAGCAAUGAGUUUGAGCCGCCGAUCGACGAGGGCGUUACGCCUAGUGAGCGUAUCCGCAAGAUGGAGGUCAAGGCGAACGAGGCGUUUGACGUGUACCGAGAGCUAUACUUUGAGGGCGGCAUAUCGAGUGUUUACCUCUGGGACAUGGACGAUGGAUUCGCAGGGUGUGUGCUACUGAAGAAAUCCGUCUCCCCCUCACCCAAGAGCUCUGGUAGCUGGGACAGCAUCCACGUUUUCGACGCGCAGGACCGCGCCCGCACUGCCCAUUACAAGCUGACCUCCACCGUCAUCCUCUCUCUCGGGACUGACUCGGAAGCGCUGGGCGGCCUUGACCUCUCCGGCAACAUGGUGCGCCAAGUCGAAGCUGACAUGGCCGUGGAAGACGACACAUCACACGUUGCCAACAUUGGCAAGAUGGUCGAAGACAUGGAGCUCAAGAUGCGCAAUCUGCUGCAGGAAGUGUACUUUGGCAAAGCAAAGGAUGUCGUGGGCGAUCUACGAAGUAUUCCGCCGCUCAGUCAAACGAACAAGGAUCGGGCAACACAGAGGGAGAUGAUCAACAGCAUGGGGAGAUAGGGCAUGGGCUGGGAGAUAAGAAGGACAGUAUGGCGUGGAAUGG